CUUGCAACUUGAUGGAUGACAACAAUCCUUUUCGACCAAAAAGCAAUUCAAAAAUGGCAGAACUCUUUAUGGAAUGUGAAGAAGAAGAGCUAGAACCAUGGCAGAAAAAAGCAGAUUCUCAGGAUGAAGAUGAUGAGCUCAUCUUUGUUGGAGAGAUAUCGAGUUCAAAACCAGCCAUUUCAAAUAUUUUGAACAGAGGUAAUUCCAGCUCAUCUUCAAAGGGAAUAAAGAAUGAUGUGCACAGUCCAGGUAUUCCUGAUAUAUUCAAGACUAGAAGUCAAUAUUUCAAAGACUCAACAUCAAGCCCAUUGUCUGCCUCGCCUAGAUUUCCUGACCUUAAAUCUUCAUCUAGCUCUGCUAGUGUUCAGAAUGCAUCUAAAUCUGACCUUACGAAGAAUUCAUCACAAGCUGAACCAAACAGUUCUUCAGACUUACUGUUUAACUUGACCCCGGAUUCAGUAACAUCAUCCCAAGACAUACCAGCAAUUUUUAGAGAUAUGAAUAGAACUUCAUUUACAUUAAAACGUCCUUCUCCUUCUAAAGUAAACAGUGUUAGUCCAAAAAAACAAAAGAGUGAUAAAGAUGUUUAUGAAAUAGAUCCCUCUGCUUCAUUGUUUUCAAGUGACUCUUCUACAAAGACAUCUCCCCAGAUUAUGCCAUCACAAGAUUCAAAUACCUCGUCAGUUCAAUGUAAAGAUGAAGCACCUUUCCAAGAAGCUUGUCCAAAGUGCAAUGUUCACUUCAAUCUUUUGGAAUCUUUGAAACAGCAUAUGAAGCGCUGUUGUCCAGACAUGGCAAAUGACUUUUUAGGAAGUAUUAAAACAGAAGUUUCAUGCGAUGAAAACAAAGAUAAUUCUGGUUCAGAGAAAGGAAAAUUGAUCAUGUUAGUUAGUGACUUUUAUUAUGGAAGGCAUGAAGGAGCUGUCGAGGAAGAACAGAAGACUUAUACAACCUUUAAAUGCUUCAGUUGCUUGAAAGUUCUUAAAAAUAAUAUUAGGUUUAUGAACCACAUGAAACACCACUUGGAACUUGAGAAGCAAAACAGUGAGAGCUGGGAAAACCACACCACCUGCCAGCACUGCUAUCGGCAGUAUCCUACUCCCUUCCAACUGCAGUGCCACAUCGAGAGCACACACACACCCCAUGAGUUCUCUACUAUUUGCAAAAUCUGUGAAUUAUCAUUUGAAACAGAGCAUAUUCUUUUACAACAUAUGAAGGACACUCAUAAACCCGGUGAAAUGCCAUAUAUUUGCCAGGUUUGCCAGUUUAGAUCAUCAACAUUUUCUGAUGUAGAAGCUCAUUUUAGAGCAUCCCAUGAGAACACUAAGAACUUGCUAUGUCCAUUUUGCCUCAAAGUGAAUAGAAUGGCAACCCCCUACAUGAAUCAUUACAUGAAGCAUCAGAAAAAAGGAAUUCAUCGUUGCACAAAAUGCAGACUACAGUUUUUGACUUGCAAGGAGAAAAUGGAUCAUAAGACACAGCAUCGUACAUUUAUAAAACCUAAAGAACUAGAAGGAUUGCCUUCUGGAACAAAAGUUACUAUUCGAGCUUCGCUUGGACCUCUCCAAUCAAAAGCAUCAACUAUACCUCUCAGUUGUGGCCCAAGUACUUCUUCUUUUCAAGUCUCACCUCCAAAGUCUAAAAAUACAACUGCUAAAGGUCCUACAAAAUCUACUGCCAGUAAAUCUAAGACAAGCAAGCCUCAUGCAACUGCAUCCACUGCAAAUAAACCCAAUACAAGUAAGCAAAGUGGAGGGCCACCUAAAUGCAAAGCAAAAUCCUCUUACAAGCAAAAGAGACAGCGCAACCGAAAAAACAAAAUCAGCAUAGCUUUGAAGAACUUAAGGUGUCGUCGGGGAAUUCACAAGUGCAUUGAAUGUCGUUCUAAAAUAAAAGAUUUUGCAAGCCACUUUUCUAUAUAUAUUCACUGUAAUUUUUGCAAGUACAAUACUAACUGUAACAAAGCCUUUAUAAAUCAUAUGAUGAGCUCUCAUAGUAAUGAUCCAAGUAAACGGUUUUAUAUUUUUAAGAAGCAUUCAGGAGCGCUCAGGGGCAUUACUCUAGUGUGCCUUAAUUGUGAUUUCCUAGCUGAUUCUUCUGGCUUGGAUCGUAUGGCCAAACACUUAAGCCAACGUAAAACUCAUUCUUGCCAAGUUAUAAUAGAGAAUGUUUCCCAAAGUACCUCAACUUCUGAACCUACUUCUGACCGCUUGUUGAAAUAGAUUUCUGCUCUGUGAAGCUCGUGCAGCUUGGUGCAAGACAAGUUGGAAUUUCCUAACUUCAAAGUUCUGAAGUAUUUUCUCAUAUGAAGGUGGUUUAACAGCCAAGUUCGUGACACUAGCUCUCAUUCAGCUCUUUUCAGCUUUCAGAUUACACUAGAUUCUUAUUCCACCUUAUCUUUGUGUCAGGUUAACAUAUCUUAACAUAUAUUUUUCUCCAAUUGGCUCUGCCUCCAAAAAUAACUUUGUUGCUGUGGUCUUUUCUUGUUUUGCCUAAAAUAAUUUGUGUUUUUCUCUGCUAUACUUGCCUUCAGAAUAUUACAUAUCAAACAAUAUGGCUGUUCAUCUUUUUUGUCAGUGUUGUCUGCUUUCUUAGUGAAUUUCUUCUGUCUUACAUUUUUACGACAGAUAGCCAUUUUUUCUUCAUCCCUUGUCUGUCAUUGUCCUAUUUUUCAGAUGCAAAAGCAACACAGACAUUUCAAAAUGUGUCCAGUGUACUCCUGGACAGUGUCCCCCUUUAAUGGACACAACUGAUGCCUAUUUUCUCUUUCUAAGGAAUGUGAAUUAUUUGACUGUAACACUCCUCUAGUUUGUGGCCUUAAGAAAUCAGAUCUUGGGAAGAGUCCCUUCCUGCCUGACUGGCCUCCCAUAAGGCUGAUGCUGAUUUGGCCAGAGAUGACCUCAAGGCCCAGCAGAUUGAGCACAACUUCCCACUGGGGGCUUUGGCUUUUGAGCUUAAGCUUAUGGGUCGAUGCUAACUAAGAGAAGCCCAUCAAAUCAGUACUUCAACAUCCAAGUUGAAGUUUAAUCAUUUUGACUGCUGCCCUUUAAUUUUCUUCUAGCAUACAUGCAGUCCAAAGAAUAUAAAAAUUCUGAUUGUGAAAUCAGAAAACUAGCCAGCCAUGUUGGCACACA